GCCAACCUGAGCCUGGAGGCCGAGGCUGCGGUGGGCCCGGUGGCCGACAGCCCGCUGUGUCACGCCCCGCAGCUGCCGCAGGCCUCGUGCGAGCACCCGCGGCGCCUCACCGACAACUACAACAAGAUCCUGCAACUGGACCCCGGCCAGGGCCUGGUGGUCGUGUGUGGCUCCAUCUACCAGGGCUUCUGCCAGCUGAGGCGCCGGGGCAACAUCUCGGCGGUGGCCGUGCGCUUCCCGCCCGCCGCGCCGCCCGCGGAGCCCGUCACCGUGUUCCCCAGCAUGCUGAAUGUGGCGGCCAACCACCCGAACGCGUCCACCGUGGGGCUGGUGCUGCCGCCGGCCGCCGACGCGGGGGGCAGCCGCCUGCUCGUGGGCGCCACGUACACUGGCUACGGCAGCGCCUUCUUCCCGCGCAACCGCAGCCUGGAGGACCACCGCUUUGAGAACACGCCCGAGAUCGCCAUCCGGUCCUUGGAUGCGCGCGGUGACCUGGCCAAGCUCUUCACCUUCGACCUCAACCCUUCCGACGACAACAUUCUUAAGAUCAAGCAGGGCGCCAAGGAGCAGCACAAGCUGGGCUUCGUGCGCGCCUUCCUGCACCCGCCUGACCCGCCGCCGGGCGCCCCGUCUUACGCGUACCUGGCGCUCAACAGCGAGGCGCGCGCGGGCGAUAAGGAGAGCCAGGCGAGGAGCCUGCUGGCACGCAUCUGCCUGCCCCGCGGCGCGGGCGGCGACGCCAAGAAGCUCACCGAGUCCUACAUCCAGUUGGGCUUGCAGUGCGCGGGCGGCGCGGGCCGCGGCGACCUCUACAGCCGCCUGGUGUCGGUCUUCCCCGCGCGAGAGCUGCUCUUUGCGGUCUUCGAGCGGCCCCAGGGGGCCUCCGCGGCCCGUGCAGCUCCGGCCGCGCUCUGCGCCUUUCGCUUCGCAGACGUGCAGGCUGCCAUCCGCGCCGCGCGCACUGCCUGUUUCGUGGAGCCAGCACCCGACGUGGUGGCAGUACUCGACAGCGUGGUGCAGGGCACCGGGCCGGCCUGCGAGCGCAAGCGCAACAUCCAGCUGCAGCCGGAGCAGUUGGACUGUGGGGCUGCCCACCUACAGCACCCACUAUCAAUCCUGCAGCCCCUGAAGGCCACGCCUGUGUUCCGAGCCCCGGGCCUCUCCUCUGUGGCCGUAGCCAGUGUCAGCAACUACACGGUGGUCUUCCUGGGCACAGUUAGUGGGCGGCUGCUCAAGAUCAACCUGAAUGAGAGCAUGCAGGUGGUCAGCAGGCGGGUAGUGACGGUGGCCUACGGGGAGCCUGUGCACCACGUCAUGCAGUUUGACCCAGCAGAUCCUGGUUACCUUUAUCUGAUGACGUCCCACCAGAUGGCCAGGGUGAAAGUCGCUGCGUGUGCCGUGCACGCCACCUGCGGGGACUGCGUGGGCGCAGCCGACGCCUACUGUGGCUGGUGCGCCCUGGAGACACGGUGCACCCUGCAGCAGGACUGCGCCAACUCUAGCCAGCAGCAUUUCUGGACCAGUGCCAGCGAGGGCCCCGGCCGCUGUCCCACAAUGACCGUCCUGCCCGCUGAGAUUGAUGUGCGCCAGGAGUACCCAGGCAUGAUCCUCCAGAUCUCAGGCAGCCUGCCCAGCCUCAGCGACAUGGAGAUGACCUGCGACUAUGGGAACAACAUCCGCACUGUAGCCCGGGUCCCGGGCCCCGCUUUCGGCCACCAGAUUGCCUACUGCAACCUCUUGCCCAAGCAUCAGUUCCCACCCUUCCCGCCCCACCAAGACCAUGUGACUGUGGAGAUGUUUGUGAGGGUCAACGGGCGGAACAUCGUCGGGGCCAAUUUCACCAUCUACGACUGCAGCCGCAUUGGACAAGUGUACCCCCACACAGCCUGUACCAGCUGCCUGUCGACACAAUGGCCCUGUUUUUGGUGCACCCAGCAGCAUGCCUGCGUCUCCAACCAGUCUCAGUGUGCGGCCUCACCAAAUCCCACGAGCCCUCAGGACUGCCCCCAGAUCUUGCCCUUAUCCCUGGCACCCAUGCCCACAGCUGGCUCCCAGACCAUCCCAGUGCAUCUGGCCAAUGCUGCCUUCUUCCAGAGUGCAGCUCUUGAAUGUAGUUUUGGGCAGGAGGAGAUCUUUGAGGCUGUGUGGGUGAAUGAAUCAACUGUACACUGCAACCAAGUGGUGCUGCACACGACCCAGAAGAGCCAGGUGUUUCCACUCAGCCUCCAGCUAAAGGGGCGGCCAGCCCGAUUCCUGGAUAGCCCUGACCCCAUGACAGUGGAGGUCUAUAACUGCGCCAUGGGCAGCCUUGACUGUUCCCAGUGCCUGGGCCGAGAGGACCUAGGCCACCUGUGUGUGUGGAGUGAUGGCUGCCGCUUUCGGGGUCCCCUGCAGCCCCUGCCUGGCACCUGCCCCGCCCCUGAGAUCCGAGCGAUUGAGCCUCUGAGUGGCCCCUUGGACGGCGGGACACUACUGACCAUCCGUGGCAGGAACCUGGGCCGGAGGCUCAGUGACGUGGUCUAUGGCGUGUGGAUUGGCAGUGUGGCUUGUGAGCCACUGGCUGACAGAUACACGGUGUCAGAGGAGAUCGUGUGUGCCACAGGGCCAGCCGCUGGGGCAUUCUCGGACGUGGUGACGGUGAAUGCCUCCAAGGAGGGCAAGUCACGGGAGCGCUUCUCCUAUGUGAUGCCCCUGGUCUACUCCCUGGAGCCUGCCAUGGGCCCCAAGGCAGGGGGCACCAGGAUCACCAUCCAUGGGAGCGACCUCCAUGUGGGCUCUGAGCUCCAGGACCUGCUGAAUGACACGGAGCCCUGCACAGAGCUUGUGCGCACAGACACCAGCAUCGCCUGCACUGUGCCUGGGGGCACGCUGCCAGCCCCUGUGCCCGUGUGUGUGCGCUUUGAGCGCCGGGGCUGCGUGCGCAGCAACCUCACCUUCUGGUACAUGUGGAACCCGGUCAUCACGGCCAUCAGUCCCCGCCGCAGCCCUGUCAGCGGCGGCAGGACCAUCACAGUGGCUGGCGAGCGUUUCCACAUGGUGCAGAAUGUGUCCAUGGCUGUGCACCACAUUGGCCGGCAGCCCACGCUCUGCAAGGUUCUCAACUCCACCCUUAUCACUUGCCCAUCUCCCGGGGCCCUGAGCAAUGCAUCGGCACCAGUGGACUUCUUCAUUAAUGGGCGGGCCUAUGCCGACGAGCUGGCAGUGGCCGAGGAACUGCUGGACCCCGAGGAGGCACAGCGGGGCAGCAGGUUCCGCCUGGACUACCUCCCCGACCCACAGUUCUCCACGGCCAAGAGAGAGAAGUGGAUCAAGCACCACCCUGGGGAGCCCCUCACCCUAGUCAUCCAUAAGGAGCAGGACAGUCUGGGGCUCGAGAGCCACGAGUACCGAGUCAAGAUAGGCCAAGUGGCCUGCGACAUCCAGAUUGUCUCAGAGAGAGUCAUCCACUGCUCGGUCAAUGAGUCUCUGGGUACAGCUGAGGGGCAGCUACCCAUCACGAUCCAGGUAGGGAACUUCAACCAGACCAUUGCCACGCUACAGCUGGGGGGCAGUGAGACCGCCAUCAUUGUGUCCAUCGUCAUCUGCAGUGUCUUGCUGCUACUCUCCGUAGUUGCCCUGUUUGUCUUCUGCACUAAGAGCCGCCGUGCCGAGCGCUACUGGCAGAAGACCCUGCUACAGAUGGAGGAGAUGGAAUCUCAGAUCCGAGAGGAAAUCCGUAAAGGCUUUGCCGAGCUGCAGACGGACAUGACGGAUCUGACUAAGGAGCUGAAUCGCAGCCAGGGCAUCCCUUUCCUGGAGUAUAAGCACUUUGUGACCCGCACCUUCUUCCCUAAGUGUUCCUCCCUCUAUGAAGAACGCUAUAUACUGCCCUCCCAGACCCUUAAUUCACAGGGGAGCUCCCCGGUGCAGGAGACCCACCCACUGCUGGGAGAGUGGAAGAUCCCUGAGAGCUGCCGGCCUAACAUGGAAGAAGGGAUCAGUCUGUUCUCCUCGCUGCUCAACAACAAGCACUUCCUCAUCGUCUUCGUCCAUGCACUAGAGCAGCAGAAGGACUUUGCAGUGCGUGACAGGUGCAGCCUGGCCUCCCUGCUGACCAUCGCACUCCACAGCAAGCUCGAGUACUACACGAGCAUCAUGAAAGAGCUGCUGGUAGACCUCAUCGACGCCUCGGCCGCCAAGAACCCUAAGCUCAUGCUGCGGCGCACAGAGUCUGUGGUUGAGAAGAUGCUCACCAACUGGAUGUCCAUCUGCAUGUACAGCUGUCUGCGGGAGACGGUCGGGGAGCCGUUCUUCUUGCUCCUGUGCGCCAUCAAGCAGCAGAUCAACAAGGGCUCCAUCGACGCCAUCACAGGCAAGGCGCGCUACACGCUCAACGAGGAGUGGCUGCUGCGGGAGAACAUUGAGGCCAAGCCCCGGAACCUGAACGUGUCCUUCCAGGGCUGUGGCAUGGACUCGCUGAGCGUGCGGGCCAUGGACACCGACACACUGACACAGGUGAAGGAGAAGAUCCUGGAGGCCUUCUGCAAGAAUGUGCCCUACUCCCAGUGGCCUCGCGCCGAGGACGUCGACCUCGAGUGGUUCGCCUCAAGCACACAGAGCUACAUCCUCCGAGAUCUGGACGACACCUCGGUGGUGGAGGACGGCCGCAAGAAGCUCAACACUCUGGCUCACUACAAGAUCCCUGAAGGUGCCUCCCUGGCCAUGAGCCUCACAGACAAGAAGGACAACACACUGGGCCGAGUGAAAGACUUGGACACAGAGAAGUAUUUCCAUUUGGUGCUGCCCACGGACGAGCUGGCAGAGCCCAAGAAGUCCCACCGGCAGAGCCACCGCAAAAAAGUCCUACCGGAGAUCUACCUGACCCGCCUGCUUUCCACCAAGGGCACGCUGCAGAAGUUUCUAGAUGACCUGUUCAAGGCUAUUCUGAGCAUCCGUGAGGAUAAGCCCCCACUGGCUGUCAAGUAUUUCUUCGACUUCUUGGAGGAGCAGGCUGAGAAGAGGGGGAUCUCAGAUCCUGACACCCUGCACAUCUGGAAGACCAACAGCCUUCCUCUCCGGUUCUGGGUGAACAUCCUGAAAAACCCCCAGUUUGUCUUUGACAUCGACAAGACGGACCACAUCGACGCCUGCCUCUCGGUCAUCGCACAGGCCUUCAUCGACGCCUGCUCCAUCUCCGACCUUCAGCUGGGCAAGGAUUCGCCAACCAACAAACUCCUCUAUGCCAAGGAGAUCCCCGAGUACCGGAAAAUCGUGCAGCGCUACUACAAGCAGAUCCAUGACAUGACCCCACUCAGCGAGCAGGAGAUGAACGCACACCUGGCUGAGGAGUCGCGGAAAUAUCAGAACGAGUUCAACACCAAUGUGGCCAUGGCAGAGAUUUAUAAAUAUGCCAAGAGGUAUCGCCCACAGAUCAUGACUGCCUUGGAGGCAAACCCCACAGCCCGGAGGACCCAGCUGCAGCACAAGUUUGAGCAGGUGGUGGCUCUAAUGGAGGACAACAUCUACGAGUGCUACAGUGAGGCCUGAGUCUGAGGGACAUGGUGCUGGGGAGGAACAGGGGGCCCAGCCCUCGACUUUACUUGAUCCUCAGUGCCUGACUCCAGCUGGGUGAUGAUGAGCAGAGUCAGCUUUGGGAGAGGGGAAAUGAGGGGGCCUCUCCGAGCCAGGCAGAGGAGCCCCUAGCCCUGGCCCCUCGGCACUUCUGUCCCCUCCCACCUGCCCCCAGACUUGGCCUCUGGGAUGGAGACUUGAAUGCCACAGCCAGUCUCUGGUCAGGCUCCCACCGUCCACCAGCACAGCCUGGACGGUGCCCCCCACUCGCUCGCUGUCACAGCCAGCUGCUAAAGCUCCGGCCUGACUCAGCCCAACAAAUGAAGAAACAAAGGCCACCUGGCCCAGAGGCCGCAGCUGGAAACACUACCUCACCUUUUCUGACAGAGGGGAGCCCUCCUUGAACCAGCCCUCUAUUAGUUUCUGCUUCAACCACCAAAACUUUGUCUCCAUCUCCCCGGAGAGGACCCUGGGACACGGUUUCAAGUGAUGUCAGAUUUUUGUUGCUCAAGCGGCUACUGGUGGAGUGGGCAGUGCCCACUGCCCAUGGGGAGGCUCCAUGGGCUUUCCCUGGAGAUGGGGAGGGCAGAGGACAAGGGGACAGGUGCUAGGCGAUCCUGAUCUCGGGGGCGGCAGCGGGGGGAGAGGGGGUGGGGGGAGGGGGCUAAGUUGCACCAAGGCUGUAGCUGGGCUACUUGAUCUUGCUGGAAGUGUUUCUAAAGAUAGCACCACUUUUUGUUGUUUUUUUAAGAAAGCUUUUAUAUAUGAAACUUAACCACGCACCAACUGUGAAUAGCUGCCGCUUGUGCAGAGGACCUGGGGAGGGGAACCAAGGGGCUCCCUAUGCAACACUGGAAAUGACUGUUCCAGAGGAUGGGCAGACCUGGCAGAGACCCUCCUCAACACCCUGAGAAAUUUUCACCCAUUCUGUUCCUGUGACAAGCAACCCUUUGGCUGACCCGGCUCCCCCAUAGCAGACCCAGCCAGCACAGGGCCCGGCUCAGAGCCUCGGGGGCUGGGCUGGAGAUGGAGUGGCUGGGAUGCUCUGGAACCUUUCUUUAUAAUAAAAGUCUGAUGGGAAAACCUGC